AUGGCUCAUAAAACCUCGUUGCCGCCUUUCUUACCAGUCGAAAACCCCACACUGCCCUUCUGGCGCACCGAGCUCCAUCAUCUUGAUGAACUCCGAACCACCUCAGAACUACCCAAGAAAAGCGAUAUUGUGAUCAUCGGGGCAGGAUACACUGGAAUAAGUCUCGCAUAUCACCUGUAUAAAGAGCUUUCCCACUCCGAUCAACCCCACCCCGCAAUUACCGUUCUCGAAGCGAGACAGAUAUGCUCGGGAGCUACUGGUCGUAACGGUGGCCAUUUACGCCCAGACCUAUACUGGAAUAUCCCAAAGUAUAUCGAAAGAUACGGAAUCGAAGCGGCGGCCGAAGUCGCAAACUUUGAGAUUGCCCACAUACGCGCCAUUAAAAGUCUCAUAGCCGAAGAGGAUAUCGACUGCGAAUUGAACUUGACGCGGUGUUUGAACGUUUAUUUGAACGAGGCUGAUGGCGAAAAAGCAAGGCAAACUUAUGAAGCGCUUGUUGCUCAAGGGCUUGAAUACACCUCUGACAUCCAUUAUACUUCCCAAAAGUUUGCGGAAUCUAUUUCCGGUGUCAAGGGUGCCAAAGCGUGUCUAUCCUCCACAACGGGUUCUCUAUGGCCUUAUAAACUAAUACUAGGUCUUCUUUCCAAGAUAAUAAGCUCGCCGCUGAUCAAUAUCCAAACAUCGACACCAGUCACUUCGGUGACGACCCAAGAUGGCGACAAAAUUGUUCACACACCGCGUGGAACCAUUACCGCAUCGAAGGUGGUGUACGCAACCAACGCAUAUACCUCAGGGCUACUACCCCAGUACUCUGCGAAUAUCAUACCGUGCCGAGGAAUUUGCUGCCACAUAACGGUUCCGGAUGGAAAGGAACCCCCGUUUUCACCAUACUCGUACGUUAUCAGAUCGCCUGAAGCGACUGGGCAGAGUUACAUGAUUACCCGGCCGGAUGGAAGUAUUAUCGUCGGUGGUGCACAAUACACCUUCGUCGAGGAUAGGAAACAAUGGUAUAACGUUAUCGAUGAUAGCGCUCUUAUUGAGCCUGCGAAGAACUACUACGAUGAUUUCAUGCAGCGUACUUUUAAAGGAUGGGAUGAUAGUGGCGCAUAUGUUAAGGAGAUUUGGACUGGUAUCAUGGGUUAUGCAUACGAUAUCGCGCCUCACGUUGGUGAGAUUCCUGAAAAUCCUGGGCAAUAUAUAUGCGCCGGGUAUGAUGGGCAUGGCAUGCCAGUGAUUUUCCUUGCCACGAAGGGACUCGCAGAUAUGAUCCUAAAGGGACAGAGUUUCGAAGACACAAAUAUACCUCGAGUCUUCAAAACAACUUCUGAAAGGCUUGAGAAAGCGGCCAAUGGACCGGAAGGGGGAGACAUUUUUGCAUAG